AUGACUCAAAACAAGAAAACUGUUGUCGUUAUUGGUGCGACAGGCCUCCAGGGAGGCUCUGUUGUCCGAACACUUGCAAGAUCCCGGGAUAGGUACAACAUCCGUGGUCUCACCCGAAACGUCUCCUCCCCCAAAGCCGAAGCCUUGAAGGGACUUGGUAUCGAAGUGCAUCAAGCGGACGUCGAUGACGCCGAAAGUCUCCGCCGAGCCUUUGAAGGCGCUAACGCCAUCUUCGCCAUGACAGAUUUCUGGCAGCACAUGUCAGCUGCCAAAGAGGAAGAACAGGGCAAGCGCAUCAUGGAUAUAGCUGCUGAUCUGCCUCACCUUGAACAACUCAUCUGGGCGAGCUUGCCUGACGCUAGAGCUAUUUCGAAUGGAAAGUAUCCUCACGUCUAUCACUGGCAGAGCAAAGCAGCUGUGACUGAUUACAUUCGGACUGAGAAACCUGCUCUAUGGAAGAAGACAACUGUCGUGCUAUUUCCGAAUUACUUUGAGAACUGUCUCACGCAGCCGCGGACUUAUCUUCCAAUCAAGCAAGAUGAUGGGACUUAUCUGAGAUCCUUUGUUCUGCCUGAAACAACUCCGCUUCCAAAUGUCGCCAUCUCUGAUACUGGAAAGUUGGUUCAGUAUAUCCUCGACCAUCCUGAUGAAUGUCUCGAAAAAGAAAUCGUCUUUUAUUCUGAAGCUAUCUCAGAAGGAGAAAAAAUCAAGUCCAUGGCAUCUGCAUAUGGCAUCGACAUACGCUACAACGAGCUCUCCUCUGAUGAGUUCCAAUCCAUCCUCAAGAGCAAGAUGGACGAUAUGUGCGCUUUGGACUUUACAGAGCAGUUGCUGAUCUUUCGAGACUUUGGCAUGAUCUAUGCUCGCCCUGAGUUCAUUCAAGCUAACGAGCUUCCCGGUCUUGAUCUGAUGAAGUGGGAUGAUUUCAUGGCUGCCAACAAUUUGGCGGAGUUUAUGACGACUAGCAAUUAG